CAGCGGCUCCGCCCCAUCCCAAUCCUGUCAGGCUGUCCAAUCGCUUGUAGAGAUCGUCGCUUUAUCCAGUCUGUGGUGUUGAUCUCAGCUCCAGCUGUAGAUCAGGCCCGUACAAUGGCGGAGAAGAUUCAAAAGAGUGUGAAGAUUGCUCCCGGAGCAGUUGUAUGUGUAGAAAGUGAAAUCAGAGGAGAUGUUACUAUAGGACCAAGGACGGUGAUUCACCCCAAAGCACGAAUUAUUGCUGAAGCUGGGCCAAUAGUGAUUGGUGAAGGUAACCUGAUAGAAGAACAGGCCCUCAUCAUAAAUGCUCAUCCAGAUAAUAUCACUCCUGACACUGAAGAUCCAGAACCCAAACCUAUGAUCAUUGGCACCAACAAUGUGUUUGAAGUUGGCUGUUAUUCCCAAGCCAUGAAAAUGGGGGAUAACAAUGUCAUUGAAUCAAAAGAACUACUUUUCCCCCAGCCAAUCAAAAACAAAUAUCUACUCUCCAAAAUUGGGUCAAGUCACCAGAACUGCUGGGAACCAGCUCCAAGAGCUUAUCCCACUAAAGUGCAGAAAGAACCUGAAAAGUGACACUUCUUUAAGAACAGUGGUUUGUUGGUCCUCAAUGGCAUGGGGGGAAAAAUGCUUCUUUUUUUAAAUCAGAUCAUACUUUUUUGUUAAUCUACUUAAUGGUCAUAAUUUUAAUUUAGAUUACCAAUUAUUAUCAUUAUUGGCAUUCUUGACUUAUUAUAAGCUUACUAUGUGUCAGACCUGUGCUUAGUACUUUUAUUUUCUCAUUGAACUAUGUACUUUUAUUUUGUUGAACUUAGUACUUUUAUUUUAUUGAACUUAGUACUUUUAUUUUCUCAUUGCAAUAUGAAGUGGGGUAGUCUCCACAUUUUAUAGAUAAACUUGAGCUCAAAGACCAGUGACAUGCCCAAGGCCACAAAAAUAGUCAGCAGCAGAGCUCUGUUUUAAAUGCUUUGCACUGUCUUCCCCUGUGCUAUCUAUGCAAACUCUGAACUGACGCAUUUUCUUUAGUUUUUGUUGUUGUUUUUUUCUUAAGGCCAGUUUACAUUUUUGUACCUAAAUCUCAGAGAAAAAAAGAGUUGUAAACACAACAAGAAGCGUUAUAAU